GCUUUUCCUUCCCUGCAGACGGGCUGGGGAUGGAGACCCAGGAAGGGAUCCCGGCCCAGGUGAGCAACGGCGAGGCCGGAGGAGAUUCCCAGAUCCGGAACCGCACCUGGAAGAGGGAGAGCAUCUGCCGAGGGGAGCGUUUCUCCUUCCCGGAGGUGGAGGACGAGGUCAUCUACGACGACGUUCCCUGCGAGGGCCUGGAUGCGGAGCAGGACGGCGCGGGGCUGCUCCCGGCCGCGGGGCCGCGCCUGGGCCCGGAGCUGGCCUGGAGCUCCAGCGAGUUCGAGAGCUACAGCGAGGGCGAGUCCGGGGAGGAAUCCCGGCCGGAAUCGCGGCGGGAUGCCGAGCCCGCCAAGCUCCGAGCGGCCUUCCAGCCCAAGCUCUCUCCCGACUUCCAUAAACUCAAGGAAAAAUGCGCCAGGACUAAGCGGGAGCUCCUGGCCCGGAGCCUUGGGGGGAAGGAAAUGCAGGAGCUGAAGCACAAAUCCGAUUGGAAGGUGUCGCAGCUGAUGCGGGCGGCGCGCAGCGGCACCAGGGACGGGCUGGAGCGGACGCGCAUGGCCGUGCUGCGCCGGGUCACCUUCCUGCAGCGCCGCGACGGCCCAGGGGACUCGGAGGAGGAGGAUUCCGGGUUCCUGGAGGUCACCGUGUCCGACAUGAAACAUCCCCCGCCCGAGCUGGGCCCCGCACCCGAGGGGCUGAGCCCACAGCAGGUGCUCCGGCGGCACAUCCUGGGCUCCAUCGUGCAGAGCGAGCGCAGCUACGUCGAUUCCCUGAAGCGCAUCCUGCAGGAUUACCGGAACCCGCUGCUGGAGAUGGAGCCCAAGGUGCUGAGCGCCCGCAAGUGCCAGGUGGUGUUUUUCCGGCUGAAGGAGAUCCUGCAGUGCCACUCCAUGUUCCAGAUCGCCCUGGCCUCCCGCGUCUCCGAGUGGGAUUCCAACGAGAAGAUCGGAGACCUCUUCGUGGCCUCGUUCUCCAAGUCCAUGGUGCUGGAUGUCUACAGCGACUACGUCAACAACUUCACCACGGCCAUGGCCCUCAUCAAGAAGGCGUGUCUGACCAAACCCGCCUUCCUGGACUUCCUCAAGAAGCGGCAGAUGGCCAGCGCCGACCGCGUCACGCUCUACGGGCUGAUGGUGAAACCCAUCCAGAGGUUCCCUCAGUUCAUCCUCCUCCUGCAGGACAUGCUGAAGAACACGCCGCGCGGCCACGCCGACCGGCUGGCGCUGCAGCUGGCGCUGACCGAGCUGGAGACGCUGGCCGAGAAGCUCAACGAGCAGAAGCGCUUGGCUGACCAGGUGGCCGAGAUGCAGCAGCUCAGUAAGAGCAUCAGUGACCGCAGCAGCCUCAACAAGCUGCUGAGCUCGGGGCAGCGGCAGCUGCUGCUGUGCGAGACGCUGACUGAGACGGUGUACGGGGACCGCGGGCAGCUGCUCAAGUCCAAGGAGAGGAAGGUGUUCCUGCUCAGCGACCUCCUGGUCUGCGCCAACGUCAACUUCAGAGGCCAGCUGGAAAUCAGCAGCCUGGUGCCGCUGGGCCCCAAGUACGUGCUGAAGUGGAGCACGGCCCUCCCGCAGGUGCAGGUGGUGGAGGUGGGCCAGGAGAGCGGCGCCGGCGACAAGGACGGCGCGGCCGUGGCCAACGCCGGCCAACGCCGGCACGCGCCCGCUGGCCAGGCCGCCCACAACAAGGUGUACCUGGGCCCCCCGCGGCUCUUCCAGGAGCUGCAGGACCUGCAGAAGGACCUGGCGGUGGUGGAGCAGAUCACGCUGCUCGUCAGCACCUUGCAUGGCACCUACCAGAACUUGAACAUGACGGUGGCGCAGGACUGGUGCCUGGCCCUGCAGAGGAUGAUGAAGGUCAAGGAGGAAGAGAUCCACUCGGCCAACAAGUGCCGGCUGCGGCUGCUGCUGCCCGGAAAACCGGACAAGUCCGGGCGCCCCAUCAGUGUCAUGGUGGUGUUCAUCACCCCCAGCCCCCUCAGCAAGAUCUCCUGGGUGAACCGGCUGCACCUGGCCAAGAUCGGCCUGCGGGAGGAGAACCAGCCGGGCUGGCUCUGCCCGGAUGAGGACAGGAAGAGCCGAGCUCCCUUCUGGUGCCCCAUCCUGUCCUGCCACAUUCCAGCCUUCUCCUCCAAAGCCUUGGAUCUGCAGCUGGGAGCCGCUGUCCACAAUCCCGUCCAUUCCUCGCUCCUGGGAUUCUCAGCCGUCAGCACCUCCCUGCCCCAGGGCUUCCUGUGGUUGGGAGGGGGUCAGGAGGGGGGGCAGGUGGAGAUUUUCUCCCUGAACCGCUCCGUGCCCCGAACCGUCAAAUCCUUCCCGGUGCCGGCCCCGGUGCUGUGCAUGGAAUUCAUCCCGGAGCCGAAUCCCGAGGAUCCCGGGGAGCAGGGAAUGGCCCCGGAUCCGGCCCCCAACGCCCCCCACCCCGCAGUGUGCCUGGGGCUGCAGGACGGGAGCCUGCUGGUGUACGGCAGCGUGGAUUCGGGAACGCCGUGCCUGCUGCGCUGCCAGAUCCCGGGAAUGCCGCCCAUCCUGUGCCUCCGGAACAGCCCCGAGUUCCUGCUGGCGGGGCUGCAGGACGGGAACGUGGCCGCCUUCCCUCGGAACCACGCGGGUCUAUGGGACGCGGCCGCGCUCCGGCUGCUCCGGCUGGGCUCGGGCCCCGUGCGGGCGCUGCUGGCGCUGGAGGAGUCGCUCUGGGCCAGCUCCCAGAACCUCGUCAGCGUCCUGGGAACGCCGGAGCUGCAGAGCCAGCACCGUUUCGAGGCGCACCCGGAGGCGGCGGUGACGCGGAUGGUGCGGGCGGGCAGCGGGGUCUGGAUGGCCUUCGCCGAGGGCUCCUCCAUCCGCCUCUUCCACACCGAGACCCGCGAGCACCUGCAGGAGAUCAACGUGGCCACCAGGACCACCCUGCUGCUGCCCGGGCAGAAGCUCGUGCGCGUCACCAGCCUCCUGCUGUGCCAGGGCUCGCUCUGGGUGGGGACGGAUCUGGGAAUCAUCGUCCUGCUGCCGGUGCCGCGCCUGGAGGGCAUCCCGAAAAUCACCGGGAAGGGGAUGGUGUCCCUGAAUGGCCACGCCGGCCCCGUGCAGUUCCUGGCUCUGGCUCUCAGCACUUUGGCUCCCGACGCCCUCCGGGCCGAACAGGACGAGGCCGACGAAGCGGACGAGGAGAAAUCCCCGGAUCCGGAGGGGCUCCCGCCGCGGGAAAUGCGGAAAAAAGGGAUUUUGUUACAAUACCGGCUGCGCUCCACUUCCCACCUGCCCGGCCAGCUGCUCUCCGUGCGGGAAGCGGCACCGGGAGCACCGGGAACGCCGGGACACGCCGAGGAGGAUGGAUCCAUCUACGAGCUGGCCGACGAUCCCGACGUGUGGGUGCGGAGCCGGCCUUGCUCCCGGGAUUCUUCCCGCAAGGAAAUCUCCUCGGUGGCCAUCGUCUCCGGAGGCCGCGGGUACCGGGAUUUCCGGGCGGAAUCCACGCACCGCUCCGGAGAUGCCGACAGCUCCCUGCUCAUCUGGCAGCUCCCGCUGGCGCUGUGAGCCCCGCACGGAAUUCCCGAAUUUCCUACCUCAGGAAUCCCCCGAAUUCCCGGGAGCGCCGCCGCCCUGGGCGCUUCGGCCACUGCGAGGAAAACAAACUGGGAAAAACGCCGGAUUUUCGCCCAAAUCUGGCGGACCUGGAGUUGGGAGUGGCAGGAUUUUCCUGGUUUCCCUGUGUGUGUGUGUGUGGAUAAUCCCUAGAGAUAGAAAUCCCUGGAUUAUAAAUAGGCUGUACAUUAUUACCUGUAAAAAGAAGGAAUCUGUAUAUAUUGGGAAUGCCGGGAAGAGCGGGAGCAGCUCCCGAAAAAGCGGCUCCGGCUGCAAUAUCCACUCCUUUUCCCGACCGGGAAUUUAAGGAUCUUCCAUACUGAAAUCCCCUGGAUCUGGGAGCCGAGCCUGCUUGGCUUCCCAAGGAAAGGAAAACAGGGGGAGCGUGGAAAUAAAUCCCAUAGGAAUGGC